AUGUCUUAUCAUCGGCCGGCACCCGUAUCUGAUAAUUGGUUACGGCGGGCUCCUCAAUGGGGUCACACAGCGAUUAAGGUUAGCUUGAUCCUGGCUGCAAACGAUGUUGGAUCAUCCUCCUCAUCUUCUUCAUCUUCCAACAUGCAGCUUUUCAAGAAUUUGGCAUGGAUAGCAGCUUCUGCAGCAUUGGCUUUACCUGCUAGUGCUGAAACCAUUCGCACCAAGGUCGCAAUUUUAGGUGGUGGUGUUGCUGGUAUCAGUGCCGCACGCAAUUUGACUGCCAAUGGCAUCGAUGACUUUGUCAUUGUGGAAGCCCGUGAUAUUCUCGGAGGACGUGCCCAAAAUGCCCCUUUUGCCGGCACCCACGUCGAAUUGGGAUGUAACUGGGUCCAAGGCCUUGGCACUAAUCCCAUCAAUGAACUUCGCAAGGAGCAUGGAUUGAAGACUGUGGCCAAUGAUGGUGACAAUGUUAUCUUCCGUGACGAGGAUGGUGUCGUUAACCACACCAAGGCGUACAAUGAAUACAACGAUGCAUAUGAUUCCAUUUGGGAUCUCACAGAGAAGCGUCUCGCCAACAACCAGGUGGAUAUUUCUGCAAGAACCGCAUUCAACCUUAUUGGCUACAAGCCCCAGACUCCACUUGAACAAGCGGUUGAGUAUUACCUUUUUGACUGGGAAAUGGCGGAGAACCCUGAAGUUUCGUCGACGAUCUAUACCAUCUACAACGACAACUUCACUUAUGGCGACACCGUUUUCGGCCCCGACAGUGACAGUGAUCGCUUUGCGCUUGAUCCUCGUGGUUUCAAACACAUUUUCUUGGAAGAGGCAAAGAAAUUCCUUAAGGAGGAUGAUGACCGUGUACUUUACAACACCUUGGUAACCAAGAUUGAGUAUGACAAGAACGGCGUUGCCAUCCAAACCAAUACCAGCGAUGUGAUUCUUGCCGAUUACGCUAUCACCACCUUCUCCGUUGGUGUGCUCAAGUCUGAUGCUAUUGAAUGGUCCCCUCCCUUGCCCGAUUGGAAGUUGGAAGGCAUUUAUGGAUUUGACAUGGCUACUUACACCAAGAUCUUUUUGAACUUCCCUUACCAAUUCUGGGACGACAACCAAUACGCUGUGUGGGUUGACCCUGAUCGUCGUGGCUACUUUAACACUUGGCAAAACUUGAAUGCUCCUGGUUUCCUUCCCAAGAACACCUCCACCAACAUCUUCUUUGCUACUGUUACUCAAGAUUUGGCAUUCCAAGUUGAAGCUAUGGAGGAUGAAGAAGUCAAGGACCUUGCUAUGGAUGUUCUUCGCAAGAUGUAUGGUGAUGAUAUCCCUGAAGCCAAUGAGAUCUUGUUCCCCCGUUGGCACUCAAAUCCUCUCUUCCGCGGCACUUACUCCAACUGGCCCAUUGGCGAGACUGGUGAACAUCACGUGAACAUGAAGGCACCUUUGCACAACCGUGUCCACUUUGCUGGUGAAGCCAUGUCUGUUGAGUUUUAUGGUUUCUUGCAAGGUGCUUGGGUUACUGGUGAAGACACCGCCCAAAUUGUUGCCUCGUGUAUCAAGAAUGAAAAGUGCGAGAAGGCUGAGUACUUCCCCCAAAUCACCAAUGCUCGCAUUGAACCCCACUAUAUCUUGAAGAAGCGCUCCUUGUAA